AUGUUACUCAAUGCCAACAUCGUCGACCAAUCUUCUUACAACCCCCAGGAAAUCCAAGAAGCAACAGCCUCGGAGCCCUUAAGUCUAGAAGAAGAAUACUCGAUGCAACGCAGCUGGCGCCAAGAUGCCGACAAACUAACCUUUAUCGUCUGCCGGCCGAUCACAACAGGUGCCGAAGAUGAUAUCCCCAGCCAGACAGAGCUGCAAGCAGAAAGUGAUUCACCGUCUACUAUGGUCGGCGACAUCAACCUCUUUUUACGCAUCGAUGAUGGCGAGGAAGGCGACAGCCCACCGCAGAUAGUCGGCGAGGUCGAGCUCAUGAUCGCCGAGAAAGUCAACCAGCGACGUGGGUUUGGGCGUGCUGCGCUACUUAUGUUCAUGCGGUAUAUUGUUCAAAACCAAGGGCCUAUUCUGGAUGAGUUUGUUAGUGGUGGCGAUGUUGAUGUUGAGACUGUACAGAAAUUGCGGACUGGUGUUGAAACGACGGGAUCAUUAGCGGGGUUUAUGUUUGAGUAUCUCAGCGUUAAGAUUGGACAGUCGAAUUUGAGGAGUUUGGCCUUAUUUGAGGGACUUGGGUUUGAGAAGGUAUCUGCUGAGCCGAAUUUCUUUGGCGAGUUUGAGCUGCGCAAGACGGAUUUGAGUCUAGGUGGUGUUGAUGCAGCACUUGAGGGGGCGGAGGUGCGAGGGUUUAUUAAUUUGCCUUAUGAGAGAACAGAAUAA